AUGCUUGCGACCAACUUACUGCACGAGCGAUAUGCUCCGGAAAAAUAUCCUCCACGCGUCCGCGAUGCUGCGACGCUCCUCGAGAUGGCUCGAGGGGAGAAUCGCCAAAUCCCGCCGUUGACCGCCGACAUGGAAUUCCAGGACUUAAACCACGAUGAUGCAUACGACGUUGCCGCUGCGGGAUAUGGUCUCCGAAUGCACCAAGGAGCCGUGCCUGUCGGCCGGAAGAUCGGAUUCACGAAUCCCAAUAUCUGGGAUGAAUACUCGGUGCAUGAACCUAUCUGGGGGUACAUGUUCGACACCACUGUACAGACCAUCGAUCCCGGGGAUGUCAGGGUUAUCGACUUGAGCCGAUUGAGCCAUCUCCAGCCACGAAUUGAGCCCGAGAUCGUUCUGGGUCUGAUCCAGCCGCCAUCCCCGGAGAUGGAUGACGACCAGCUUCUGUCUUGUGUAGGCUGGAUCGCACAUGGGUUUGAGAUUGUCAUCUCGAUAUUUCCUGAUUGGAAAUUCAGCGUGGUCGACACGAUAGCCGCCAGUGCACUCCACGGUCGUCUGAUCCUUGGACCGAAAUGUUCGUUAGAGCACGAGCGCAACACAACAUCAGGGCGACGGAAGCUAUUGAAGCAGCUCGAGAGCUUUGAGAUUCGUCUCUUCCGCAAUGGGACUCUCCAGGACACAGGCAAGGGAGCGAACGUUCUCGGAGGGCCGAUUGCGGCGCUUCGACAUCUGGCCAAGGUCCUUGCAGGUCAGAGUCGACAUCCGGGCCUGACAGCAGGGGAGAUGAUCAGCACCGGCACACUGACAGGCGCCCCAUUGAUUGCAGAUGGAGAGCAAUGGCACACCGAGUUGAGUGGUAUCAAUCUUCCGGGACUUCAUGUGCGAUUUAAGCUGCAGUAA